AACCCAAUGAAUUCCAAGGAAUGUUCCUCUAAGAGUUUGACUCCCUAACUUGAACAAAACUGAGCAGCGCCAAAGCCUCUUCAAGACUCUUCUGUUUGCUGCUCUUCACUCACCAUGAAGAGCAUUACACAACUCUUUUUAGCGGCCCUGCCAUGGCUGCUAUUCAUUUUCACUCCCAAAGGGUUUUGUGUCCAGAGGGUUCAUUGCCGGUGGGGGCCUUAUGGUGACUGGUCAGAGUGUGAUGGCUGCACCAAAUUACAGACAAGAAGCCGAGCUAUGGCUGUCUACGCUCAGUUUGACGGGAACCCCUGUCAUGGGGAGCGGACUGAGACCAGGUCCUGUGAAACCACACAAGGCUGCCCUCUAGAGGAUGGAUGCGGUGACAGGUUUCGCUGUCGAUCAGGGCAGUGUAUUAGCCAGUCCCUGCUGUGUAACGGAGAUCAGGACUGUGAGGAAGACGGACAUGACGAACGUAGCUGUGACAUUGGAAAACACAUUGUAUGUCUAACGUCAGUUCCCCCGCCUCAAAUUGAGCACCUAGGACGCGGGUUUGAUGUGGUGUCAGGGCAGCGGAGGGCCGCUGUCAUCAACACAAAGAGCUUUGGGGGACAGUGUCGCUCCAUCUACAGCGGUGUCCACAAUGCUCUCUACAGACUGCCACUUAGUACGACCCAGUACAGCUUCAUGGUUAAAGUUCAGAAUGACUUCAGUGAUGAGAUGUACUCCAGCAAAUGGCACUAUGCGAAGGACGUUGUCAAGAGAGAGACAGUGACCGGGACCACGACAGGAUAUAGCAACUAUGACUUUCACGAGACUCAGGACAGGACCCAGUACCAGAAGCUAUUGGUUCUAAAGAGUGACAUAGAGGUAGCUCAGUUCCAGAGCACCUCUCAUCAGUACCUCCCACUAUCUGAGGAGUUCUGGAAGGCACUGGUUAAACUCCCGUCGGUCUACAACUACGCUGCCUACAGGAAGGUUUUACAGAGGUUUGGAACACACUACCUGUCUGAAGGAAGCCUUGGAGGCUCCUUUAAGGUCAUCGCCAAGAUUGAUCAAGAAACUGAAAGACAAAUGGUCAGCACAAGCACUCAGUAUAAUGAAUGUGAGAGGACUAAACGUUGGGUUCUUAUAUUCCCCAUCUACAAAACGGUCUGCAAGAGUGGUCAAGAUCAAAGCCAAUCAAGCAGUGGUAGUACCAGGAGAAAUCAUGUGCAAAAAGUGAAUGUGCAGGGAGGAGGCAUCCAACAUAUUGCAGCACUGCAAGGCAUGCAUCUCUCUGAUCCAGACAGGAACUGGGAAAUGUUCUCAAACUGGGCUGAGUCUGUUCGAUCUUCUCCAGAGGUCAUAAAACAAACACUGCGGCCGCUGUCAGAGCUGGUGAAAGAGGUUCAGUGUGCUGGGGUGAAGAGACUCUACCUUCGCAGGGCCAUAGAGCAGUACCUUACUGAGAGCGACACCUGCCACUGCCGGCCCUGCAGAAACAAUGGCAUGGUUGUCAUGGUUGGAGAUAAAUGCAAAUGCAUCUGUAAGCCUGGCACAUCAGGACUGGCCUGUGAGCAGGGAAGUGAAGCGGAGGGUCAGCAGGGAGUGAUCCACGGCAGUUGGGCCUGCUGGUCAGCCUGGUCAUCGUGCUCUGGGGGUCGAAGAUCAAGAAGACGUAGCUGCUCUAAUCCCACUCCUCAGAACGGGGGUCAACAAUGUAUCGGAGAACCCACUGAGACGUCUGACUGUGAAGACCAAGACCUGCAAUACUUAAAAACAAUGGAGCCUCUUUGCUUUGACCAAACUCUCCCAGCAAGUCAGACGUGUGGAAACCCACCUGUUCUAAUCAACGGCUACAUCCUGGUCCCUAAGGACAUUUACCUUGUGGGUAGUAUGGUUGAGUACACCUGUACUGGCAGUUUUUAUCUCGCUGGUGACAGCAUCCUAGAAUGCACUGCUAAUCAAACCUGGUCUACCAGCCCUGGACUGUGUACAGUCCCCAGGUGCAACAUUCAGUCCCUCUCUGAUGACGUCACAGCCUCUCCUUUAAAGCAGGGCUAUGGCAUAGGGGAGACAGUCACCUUGUCCUGUCCAGCAGGUAGACAGCUACUAGGAGAACCAACGGUUAUAUGUGACCCCAGUCUGCAUUUUUCACCAGAUCCAGCAAACAUCAAAUGCAGCCCAGUACCACAACAACGCAGCUCUCCUGUCGUGCAAUGUAAACCGUGGGAAAAGUCUUCCAAAGGAAAAUGUGUUUGCAAAAUGCCUUUUGAGUGCCGUUCAUCAUCUUUGGAGGUGUGCGCCACUAAUCCUGUGAAUACAAAAUCAGUCCUUCUGAAUGUCUGCAAAAUGCAUGCUCUGCAGUGUAUGGGGAAGAACUAUACUAUAGCAGAGGACAGCGCAUGCAAGUGGCCGGAGCACAACACAACAGGCUGCAUCAACUGUCACAUGUGGGAGACCUGUGACGAUCAAACCAACGAGUGUCGCUGCAAGGACUCUGCAGAUUGCUUGACGCCGGGAUUAAAUGUGUGUGUAAAAGUUGGGGAGGAUGCAACCUCAGUGUCUCAGACCAUGAGCGAGUGUGAAACAGGACUACGGAGAUGUAAGGGAGGAACGCUGUCAGUUGUCAGUAUCCUGCCUUGUACUGCUGAAGAUGCGGGAUUGACCAUAUGACUUUAAAUCUCCACCUUCCUUUACACAUUAAUCCUCUAUGACACUCUCCUCAUAUUUUUCCGGUGAAUUAGUAUUGUAUCAAAUGUUACCGCUUCACCAAAUUGAUAAAGAACAUCGUUAUGCAUGUAUAAAACCAUAAUGUAAAACUAUCAAAACAACGAAUAAAUAGCAAAAUGGUAAA